AUGUGUUCGCUCAGUGUCUACUCAUUGUUCUGCAUAUUGGCCGUGAUUUCAGCUCAGUUAGUUUCACCCACAAAUGAUAACGGUGGUGGAAAACAACCUGAAAGCCAACCAAUUUUACGUACAAAGCGACAGUUCGGCUACGGUGGAUGGGGAGGAGGAUGGGGCCGUCCAUGGGGCGGUGGAUGGCGUCGUCCAUGGGGCGGUGGAUAUAGUGGAACAUGGGAUGGUGGGUUCGGCGGACCAUGGGGUGGCGGGUACGGUGUACCAUGGGGUGGAUAUUAA